AUGUUGCAUCAAAGGGCGGUCCAGCAGUCAAUACGAUGGCUCGCUGUAGCCAACCCCUCCACCUUCAACAAGACCACCUCUCUCGCCAGACUCGCCCCCCCAGCAGCCAUAGCCACGGGCAGACACAUCCAGAUCAGACAAGCCGCAACCCAACCCACCAGCCCCUCAGACGCGUACUCGAUCCUCGCCUCGCAACGCCUCCACCGGCCCGUCUCCCCACACCUCAAGAUAUACCGUCCGCAGAUAACCUGGAUCCUGUCCGCGCUGAACCGCAUCACCGGCUCCGUCCUCUCCGGCGGCUUCUACAUCUUCGGCGCCGCCUACCUCGUCUCGCCCCUGUUCGGCUGGCAUCUCGACACUGCCUCCUUGGCGGCAGCGUUCGCCAGCUGGCCGUGGGCCGCGCAGCUGGCGGCCAAGAUGGCGGCCGCGUUUCCGUUUACGUUUCAUGCCUGGAAUGGGAUCAGGCAUCUCACUUGGGAUGUCGGGGCGGCGUUGAAUAAUCAGCAGGUUAUUAGGACGGGGUGGGUGGUGGUGGGGUUUACUGUUGUUAGUUCGUUGGCGUUAGCUUUGCUUUGA